CGGGGGAUCCGACCUCCUGAUUGGCCACUGCGCGCCCCGCCCCGCCCGGGAUCCCGGGAGCUGUCCGGCCGCCUCGGUGCUGAUCCCGCCGCCGCCCACGGGCCGUGAGCAGCGCUGAGAGGGCAUUAUGAGCGGGGGCGUCUACGGCGGAGAUGAGGUGGGGGCGCUGGUCUUUGACAUUGGCUCCUUCUCAGUCCGCGCUGGGUACGCUGGGGAGGACUGCCCCAAGGCUGACUUCCCCACCACGGUGGGGCUGCUGGCCGCGGAGGAGGGGGGCGGGCUGGAGUUGGAGGGGGAGAAAGAGAAGAAAGGGAAGAUCUUCCACAUCGACACCAACGCCCUGCAUGUGCCUCGGGAUGGAGCUGAGGUCAUGUCGCCCCUCAAGAAUGGCAUGAUUGAGGACUGGGAGUGCUUCCGUGCCAUCCUGGAUCACACCUACAGUAAACACGUCAAGUCUGAGCCAAACCUGCACCCAGUGCUCAUGUCCGAGGCCCCGUGGAAUACACGGGCCAAGCGGGAGAAGCUGACAGAGCUGAUGUUCGAGCAGUACAACAUUCCUGCCUUCUUCUUAUGCAAGACGGCUGUGCUCACCGCCUUUGCAAAUGGACGUUCCACAGGCCUGGUGCUGGACAGUGGGGCCACCCACACCACGGCCAUCCCAGUGCAUGACGGCUAUGUCCUACAGCAAGGUGAGGCCUCGGUAGGGCUCGGGGGUGUCUUGGGGGACAAGGCCCUAACGUCCCUUCCCUUUCCAGGCAUUGUCAAGUCACCUCUGGCAGGAGACUUCAUCUCCAUGCAGUGCCGGGAGCUCUUCCAGGAAAUGGCCAUUGACAUCAUCCCACCCUACAUGAUUGCAGCCAAGGAACCCGUACGGGAAGGCGCCCCCCCAAAUUGGAAGAAGAAGGAGAAGCUACCCCAGGUUUCCAAGUCCUGGCAUAACUACAUGUGCAAUGAGGUGAUCCAGGAUUUCCAGGCCUCUGUGCUGCAGGUCUCAGACUCUCCCUACGAUGAGCAGGUGGCUGCACAAAUGCCCACAGUGCACUAUGAAAUGCCCAAUGGCUACAACACAGACUACGGUGCUGAGCGGCUCCGCAUCCCUGAGGGCCUGUUUGAUCCCUCCAAUGUCAAGGGCCUGUCGGGGAACACCAUGCUGGGUGUGGGCCACGUGGUGACCACCAGCAUUGGCAUGUGUGACAUCGACAUUCGCCCGGGCUUGUAUGGCAGUGUCAUUGUCACUGGCGGGAACACACUGCUCCAGGGCUUCACUGACAGGCUCAAUCGAGAGCUCUCCCAGAAGACCCCACCGAGCAUGCGACUGAAGCUCAUCGCCAGCAACAGCACCAUGGAGCGCAAGUUCAGCCCCUGGAUCGGGGGUUCCAUCUUGGCCUCGCUGGGCACUUUCCAGCAGAUGUGGAUCUCCAAGCAGGAAUAUGAGGAGGGAGGGAAGCAGUGCGUGGAGCGGAAGUGCCCCUGAGGGCGUCCCCUCAACACCCACUCGCCCGCCCGCCGCGGUGGGAUAGGGGACGCCAAAAGGCGGGGAGAGGGUUUCCCGGCUCGGCCUCCGCAAGCGCACAUCGAAGCCCCCACCCCCAUGCCCUCGUCUCUUCCCCUCCCUUCUCUUCCGCUUAGAUGUGAUGUUUCUGGGUUGAAAGGAGUAAAAAUGUUUUAAGAAAAAAAAAAAAAAGUUUGGCCUGCU